CACUGCCCGCCCGCAUCAUGCUCAAGUGCAUCCCGCUCUGGCGUUGCAACCGGCACGUGGAGUCGGUGGAUAAGAGGCACUGCUCGCUGCAGGCUGUGCCGGAGGAGAUCUACCGCUACAGCCGCAGCCUCGAGGAGCUGUUGCUCGAUGCCAACCAGCUGCGCGAGCUACCUAAGCCUUUCUUCCGGCUAUUGAACUUGCGAAAGCUGGGCCUCAGUGACAACGAGAUCCAGCGGCUGCCUCCUGAAGUGGCUAACUUCAUGCAGCUCGUGGAGCUGGAUGUGUCCCGGAAUGACAUUCCUGAGAUCCCCGAGAGCAUAAAGUUCUGUAAGGCUCUGGAGAUUGCCGACUUCAGUGGGAACCCCCUGUCCAGGCUUCCGGAUGGCUUCACACAGCUGCGCAGCCUGGCUCACCUGGCCCUAAACGAUGUGUCCCUGCAGGCGCUGCCUGGAGAUGUGGGCAACCUGGCCAACUUGGUGACCCUGGAACUCCGGGAGAACCUGCUUAAAUCUCUCCCUGCGUCCCUGUCUUUCCUGGUCAAGCUAGAACAGCUGGAUCUGGGAGGCAAUGAUCUGGAAGUGCUGCCUGACACUCUGGGGGCUCUGCCUAACCUAAGGGAGUUGUGGCUGGACCGAAACCAGUUGUCGGCACUGCCUCCGGAGCUAGGGAAUCUGCGGCGACUGGUAUGCCUGGAUGUGUCAGAGAACCGGCUGGAAGAGCUGCCUGUGGAGUUGGGUGGGCUGGCACUGCUCACGGAUCUGCUGCUUUCCCAGAACCUGCUUCAGCGGCUGCCAGAGGGCAUCGGUCAGCUGAAGCAGCUGUCAAUCCUGAAGGUAGACCAGAACCGGCUGUGCGAGGUGACUGAGGCCAUUGGGGACUGUGAGAACCUCUCUGAGCUGAUCCUCACAGAGAACCUGUUGACGGCCUUACCCCGCUCUCUGGGCAAGCUGACCAAACUGACUAACCUUAAUGUGGACCGGAAUCAUCUUGAGGUGCUGCCACCUGAGAUUGGAGGCUGUGCAGCCCUCAGUGUCCUCUCUUUGAGAGACAAUCGCCUGGCUGUCCUUCCCCCUGAGCUUGCCCACACAGCUGAGCUGCAUGUGCUUGAUGUAGCUGGGAACCGGCUGCGGAGUUUGCCGUUCGCGCUCACUCACCUCAACCUCAAGGCACUGUGGCUGGCGGAGAACCAGGCGCAGCCCAUGCUCCGCUUCCAGACUGAGGACGAUGCCCAGACUGGCGAAAAGGUGCUGACCUGCUACCUGCUGCCCCAGCAGCCCUUGCCAAGCCUCGAAGACCCCGAACAGCAGAGCAGUCCCUCAGGGAGCUGUAGUGAUGCCCCUCAGAGCCGUGUCAGCGUCAUCCAGUUCGUGGAGACGCUUGAAGGUGACGAGGAUGCUGAGGAAGCUGCAGCCGAGAAGCGGGGCCUACAGCGUAGGGCCACACCUCACCCCAGUGAGCUCAAGGUGAUGAAGAGGGGCAUUGAAGAGCGCCGGAACGAGGCCUUCAUCUGUAAACCUGAUCCCAGCCCACCCUCACCUUCAGAGGAGGAGAAGAGGCUGAGUGCCGAGUCUGGCUUGAGUGGAGGCUCUGGCCCAUCAGCAAGCACAGUCUCCGAAGGCCAGCCUGAGAUCCUGCUGGCUGAGGAACAAGGGCUAAGCCAGCAAGAGGCCAUACCUGGACAGGAGGAAGACACAGAGGAGGACUAUGAUGAGCCCACAGUGCACUUCGCCGAGGACACACUGAUGCCCAGGGAAGAUGGUGAGAGCGAAGAGGGCCAGCCCGAGGCUCCCUGGACACUGCCCAGCGGCCGGCAGAGGCUCAUCCGCAAAGACACACCCCACUACAAGAAGCACUUCAAGAUCUCCAAGCUCCCUCAGCCCGAAGCUGUUGUAGCCCUGCUGCAGGGCGUGCAGACAGACAGGCAGGGCCCCGCUGGAGGUUGGCACAAUGGCCCCCACACACCUUGGGCUCCUCGAGCCCAGGAGGAAGAAGAGGAGGAGGAGGAGAACAGGGUUGAAGAAGAAGGGGAAGCCACCACGGAGGAAGAAGAAGAAGAGGACAAAGAAGAGGCCGUGGCUUCUGCCCCCUCUGUCAAGGGGGUGUCGUUUGACCAGGCCAAUAACCUGCUGAUAGAGCCUGCUCGCAUUGAGGAGGAAGAGUUGACGCUCACCAUCGUGCGGCAGACGGGGGGCCUGGGCAUCAGUAUUGCAGGGGGCAAAGGCUCCACCCCCUACAAAGGAGAUGAUGAGGGCAUUUUUAUCUCUCGAGUGUCUGAAGAGGGCCCUGCAGCCCGUGCUGGAGUCCGAGUGGGUGACAAGCUCCUUGAGGUGAAUGGUGUGGCCUUACAGGAUGCAGAGCACCACGAGGCUGUGGAAGCACUUCGAGGAGCAGGUGCUGCUGUGCAGAUGCGAGUGUGGAGGGAAAGAAUGGUGGAACCUGAAAACGCAGUCACCAUCACCCCCCUGCGCCCUGAGGAUGACUAUAGUCCCCGGGAGCGGCGGGGAGGCGGCCUGCGCUUGCCCCUGCUUCCGCCUGAGACUCCUGUACCCCUCCGCCAGCGCCAUGCUGCCUGUCUUGUGCGCAGUGAAAAGGGGCUGGGCUUCAGCAUUGCUGGUGGAAAAGGCUCCACACCUUACCGGGCUGGUGAUGGGGGCAUCUUCAUAUCCCGCAUUGCAGAGGGAGGGGCUGCCCACCGGGCAGGCACUCUACAGGUCGGAGACCGGGUCCUCUCGAUCAAUGGAGUGGACAUGACUGAGGCAAGGCAUGACCAUGCUGUCUCCCUGCUGACUGCUGCUUCCCCUACCAUCUCCCUGCUUCUGGAGAGAGAGACUGGAGGGACUUACCCACCUAGCCCCCCACCACAUUCCUCCCCAACCCCUGCUGCUACUGUUGCUGCUGCCAUGACCACUGCCGUCCCCGGGGAACCUCUGCUCCCUAGGCUGUCCCCUAGCCUGUUGGCCACUGCCUUGGAAGGACCAUACCCUGUGGAGGAAAUCUGCCUGCCCAGAGCUGGCGGUCCUCUGGGGCUUAGCAUCGUAGGAGGUUCUGAUCACUCCAGCCACCCAUUUGGUGUCCAGGAUCCUGGCGUAUUCAUCUCCAAGGUGCUUCCUCGGGGCCUAGCUGCUCGCUGUGGCCUUCGGGUUGGGGACCGCAUCCUAGCAGUAAAUGGGCAGGAUGUUCGGGAGGCUACACAUCAAGAGGCAGUCAGUGCCCUUCUCAGGCCCUGCCUGGAGCUGUGUCUGCUUGUGCGGAGGGACCCACCACCUCCAGGCAUGCGGGAACUCUGCAUUCAGAAGGCUCCUGGGGAGAAGCUGGGCAUCAGCAUCCGAGGAGGCGCCAAGGGCCAUGCAGGGAACCCCUGUGACCCCACAGAUGAGGGCAUCUUCAUCUCCAAGGUGAGCCCUACAGGGGCUGCCGGGCGUGAUGGGCGGCUGCGUGUGGGGCUGCGGCUGCUGGAAGUGAACCAGCAGAGCCUGCUGGGCCUCACACAUGCUGAGGCUGUGCAGCUGCUGCGCAGCGUGGGUGACACCCUCACCGUGCUUGUCUGUGACGGCUUUGACACCAGCACCACCACCACGGCAGCCCUGGAGGUGUCUCCAGGUGUGAUUGCCAACCCAUUUGCAGCAGGCCUUGGCCACCGGAAUAGCCUGGAAAGCAUUUCAUCCAUUGACCGGGAACUGAGUCCUGAAGGCCCAGGCAAGGAGAAAGAGCUGACCAGUCAAACCCUACCCUGGGAGCCUGAGGCUGCAGAGACUCUGGGACGGAAUCUGGAGCCCCUGAAGCUGGACUACCGGGUCCUGGCUGCUGUGCCCAGUGCGGGGAGUUUGCAGAGAGGACCAUCUGUGACCACUGGAGGGAAGAUGACUGAGGCCCCCUGUUCCCCUGGCAGCCAGCAAGUGAGCAUCCCAGGCACAAGUGCCUCAUUGUGGGCACCUGUGCAGACAAAACCGGGGGUGAUCCAGCCAAUGGCUCAGGCCUGGCCAAGGGGCUCCCCGGCCCCCGGGGGCAGAGGUGGUCCCUGUUCUCUGCCCUCCCCCGAUGAGCUGCCAGCCAAUGUGAAGCAGGCCUAUAGGGCCUUCGCGGCCGUGCCCAGCGUGCACCCCCCUGAGGACAGUGCCACCCAGCCUCCAACACCUGGUCCCGCAGCCUCCCCAGAGCAGCUGUCCUUCCGUGAACGGCAAAAGUACUUCGAGUUGGAGGUACGGGUGCCGCAGGCAGAGGGUCCCCCGAAGCGUGUGUCCCUGGUGGGUGCUGAUGACUUGCGGAAGAUGCAGGAGGAGGAAGCCCGCAAGCUGCAGCAGAAGAGGGCACAGAUGCUCCGGGAAGAGGCGGUAACCUCAGGGCCUGACAUGGGGCUGGCCUCAGACAGGGAGUCCCCAGAUGAUCAGCAGGAGACUGAGCAGCCCUGGGCGGUGCCAGGCCAUGCAGGAAGCCCCAGCCCAUCCUCACCCCCACCCCUGGGAGGCAGUGUCCCCGUGAGGACAGCUAAGGCUGAGCGGCGCCAUCAGGAGCGGCUGCGCAUGCAGAGCCCUGAGCUUCCUGUCCCAGAGCGAGCCCUGUCUCCUGCAGAACGCCGGGCUCUAGAGGCAGAGAAGCGGGCACUGUGGAGGGCAGCCAGGAUGAAGUCUCUAGAGCAGGAUGCCCUCCGUGCACAGAUGGUCCUCAGCAAGUCCCAGGAAGGCCGUGGCAAGCGAGGACCCCUGGAGCGGCUGGCUGAGGCUCCCUCACCCGCACCCACUCCAUCUCCCACUCCGUUAGAAGACUUCAGCCUCCAGACCAGCGCCUCCCCUGGACGCUUGCCCCUGUCUGGAAAGAAGUUUGACUACAGGGCCUUCGCAGCCCUGCCUUCUUCCAGACCUGUCUAUGACAUCCAGUCACCAGAUUUCGUGGAAGAGCUUAGGUCUUUGGAACCAUCUCCCAGUCCUGGCCCACAGGACGAAGACGGAGAAGUGGCCCUGGUGCUCCUCGGCAGGCCCUCGCCUGGCUCUGUGGGCCCUGAAGACAUGGCGCUGUGCAGUAGCCGUCGGGCCGUGCGGCCAGGACGCCGGGGCCUGGGCCCUGUGCCCUCCUAGGGCCAGGUUCCUCCCCAGACUUAGGGUGGGGAGCCUGCCAGCUUCAUCACCUCCCUUACCCCAAGUCUUUUAGCCUUGGUGUUAGCAUUUUAAAGAGACCCCUCAGGAGCUCCGGCUUCUGACUAACUGCCCCCGUAGCCGGGAUCUCGUGGCGAGACUGUAACUAGUGAUGUUUGUACAACCAAAGACUCUAUUUUGUGGUUUAAGGAGAAUAAAGUUAACUACAUUUUA